AUGACGAAUGGCAUCUCACCCAGAAGACAUGGAGAGAGCAUCUACACCCCUGUCAUUGGAAACAGAGGAACAUGCCAGGACAGCAUCUGGAUCUCCAGCCCCACCACCUACAGCCCCACCACCUCUGGUACCCACAACCUCUGCAGAGAGCAGCUGGUGGUGGUUAAAGAAGAGCUUCUCCCUGACCAGCAGGAGAGGAGCACCAGUCUGGACCAGGAGGACCCAGAGCCCACCCCACACAUUAAGCAGGAACAGGAGGGAGAGCAGCUUCAGGAGCUGGAGGAGGCUGAUAUCACCAAGUCCACUUUCACUCCUGACCCUGUGAAGAGUGAAGAUGAUGAAGAGAAACCUCAGUCCUCUCAGCCUCAUCAAAGACAAACUGAACACAUGGAAACAGAAGCUGAUGGAGAAGACUGUCGAGGACCAGAACCAGCCAGGAACUCAGAUCCAGAGAGCAGUUUGCAUCCAAAGACUGAGGACCACACUGGAGACUCUUCUGAACCUGACACCGAAGACAGUGCUGAUUGGAAAGAGACCAGAGAACCUGCCUCAGGCUCAAACUCACUGAAAAAUAGACAUGAAUCUGUCAGUGACCCACAAUGUAGUGCUGAAAAGAAACCAUUCAGCUGCUCAGUCUGUAAGAAAGCUUUUCCACAGAGUGGAUAUUUAAAGAUACACAUGAGAGUCCACACAGGAGAGAAACCAUUCAGCUGUACAGUCUGUAAGAAAGCUUUUUCACUGAGUGGACAUUUAAAGAGACACAUGAGAGUCCACACAGGAGAGAAUCCAUUCAGCUGUACAGUCUGUAAGAAAGCUUUUUCACAUAGCGUAUAUUUAAAGAUACACAUGAGAGUCCACACAGGAGAUAAACCAUUCACCUGUACAGUCUGUGAGAAAGCUUUUCCACAGAGUGGAUAUUUAAAGAUACACAUGAGAGUCCACACAGGAGAUAAACCAUUCACAUGUACAGUCUGUAAGAAAGCUUUUUCACAUAGUGGACAUUUAAAGACACACAUGAGAAUCCACACAGGAGAGAAACCAUUCACCUGUACAAUCUGUGAGAAAGCUUUUCCACAGAGUGGAUAUUUAAAGACACACAUGAGAGUCCACACAGGAGAGAAACCAUUCACCUGUACAAUCUGUGAGAAAGCUUUUUCACGGAGUGGACAUUUAAAGUCACACAUGAGAGUCCACACAGGAGAGGAAAAAUAGAUCUGCAAAGUUUGUCACAAAAUAUUUAAAUGAGGUAAUCGUUUAAAAAUACCAAGUGUGUUGGUAAGGGAAUACAUUUGUCUAUUUUGUAUCCUGAUGCCGUUACAUGUAAUACGUUACUCCCUAAGCCUGUUUUCACCCACCUGCAACCGAUUCGCUACUAAUCACAAAUAAUCAUUUCUUCGACCCCUUGA